UAAAAAUCUGUGAAAAGUUUUCAAAUUUCAACUGAUUAAUAAAAUUAAAAUACAUACACGACAAUUUUAAAAAGGUCUGAAACUGAAACAUGUUGAUGUUGCAACGACAAACCUAAACAUUCAACAGCAACAAGAUCAUCAACAUUAUAAACAACAACAACCUUGUUUGAUUUCCACUCUUGUAGACUUCUGUUAACUGCUCUGACAUGACAAAGAAGUUACUGAAGUUGAUAAGAUGCAAUAUCAGCGAGGAAGACGAAGAUGAAGAUCUGCAACAGCAACAACAACAACAAAAACAAGAGCAACAGUUGAAAUUGAAAAGUGUUGAACAAGUCUACGAUAUGAUAACCUAAUUUCCUGUCAGCAAGCGGCGAAUUUUCAACUGGAACAGAGACUUAUAAAAGAAACUAAGAAAAGUUUAUAAAAACAACGAAACGAAAGUAAAACGAUUUUUUUUUUGAAAACGGGGCGUUCAUAUGUUUCAACGACAGUUAAGGGCGUGGCAUACGCCCAGCAACGGCAACAGAAACCACUGACAAAACUGAGGGGGCAGAGCCCAAAAAAAGGCAUAACAAUAAACUGCAGCAGCAAGGGAAGCGGCAGCAAAAGCAACACUUUAAAAAAAAGCAAAAAAUCAAGCAGUAAAAGCAUUAACAACUUGAAAACUCUUGUGAAACUGCAGUUGUAAUCUUUCAUGCGAAUAAACCAGCGUUUGGAUUGGAGGGCCCUGGCGCUGCUGGGCGCCCUCCUUUCGUUUAUCAUAGCCUGGCCGGGUCUGGUGUUUGCCAUGCCAGCGCUAACGACGAUGUCGAACCAAUCUAUAAACAAUAUGCAAGCAAAUAUAAAUAUUAGCAAUACCACUCAUAGCUACAACAAUUACAAUAACAACAAUCUAAGUAAUCUAAUUGAUAGUAAUAGUUCUAUACAAAGUGAUCAUAGUCGUAGUAGUCCUCUAGUGCUGAACAAGAAGGAGAGUGAAAAUAGUUUAAAUCAAAAUCAAAGUAUUAGUGCUGAAUUUAACAUGCGAACGUUAACCACAACCACAAAUCAAUCAACUGCCAUAAUAACAAUAAAUAACACAAUAACAACAGCAACAACACCCAAUCCUGACAGCAGCAGCAUCAGCAGCACAACGCCAGCGAUAAUUACCGAUAAGGAUGAUGAAUAUCAGGAACAGGAAUCGGAUGCUUUGGGAUUUAGCAUCUCGGUGGCGCGUCGUGAGCAUCUUGCGAUACUUUCACGGACAGAGCGUAGUAUACGACAUCAGCAACAGCAUCUGCAUCAUCAGCAAUUGCAUCAUCGGCAGCAGCAACAACAGCAGCAACAGUCGCCAGCUAAUGCUAAUGGUAACAGCAAUAGUAACAGCAAUUUCAUUGGUUCGAAAUCGAAAAGACUGAAUAACUUUAGAAAUAAUCUAAACAUAAAUAGCAGUAACAACCAUCCCAACAUUAUCAACAACAACAACAAUAACAACAAUUUGGAUCGUAAUGAACGCUCUACAAUCUCCCAUCUAGCUGGACCAUCCCGCAAGAUACAAUUAUAUAUCAAGAAUCGUUUUCUACAGCUGCUGCCAGAUGGCACUGUUAAUGGCACACAGACCGAGCAGAGUGAAUACGCCAUUCUGCAGCGCUCAACUGUGGAUGUGGGACGCAUUAAGAUACAAAGUGUGGCCACAUGUUUGUAUCUUUGUAUGGAUGCCUGUGGCGCAGUCUAUGCCUCGAAAGACUUCAACGACGACUGUGUCUUCAACGAGAACAUGGAGCUGCAUAACUACAACACCUACUCCUCCACAUACAACUCGAAUGCGAGGCGGGUCUUGUAUUUGGCACUUAAUCGCCAUGGAGCACCGCGUCGCACGCAAAUUCCGGCAACCAGACCAUUGGGCAAUCUGUCGAAAUACACGAAUGCGAUCACUGAGACGGUGCCGCAACAGCGUGUGGAGCAGCUGAUAGCCAAGAACUUUGGGGCCAAUCGCGUGAAGCAUGGCGUGCGUCAACUCUGUGAUACCGGCAAGCCGUUGAUCGACCUUAUCGAUGCGGCACACUUCAAGGCGCGCCCGAAAUGCAGUCCAAGUAGCAGUAGCAGUAGCAGUAACAGUCCAAGUAGCAGUAGCAGUAGUAGUAGUAGUAAUAGUAGCAGUAACGUUCCUGUGCCUGCGGCCAGCGCCAGCAGCCUGAUUAGUAUUAGUAACAUUAGUCAAAGCGUCAGCGGCCAUAUUAGCAAUAGCAGUAACAGUAACAGUAACAUUAGUAGUAACAGUAACAGUAACAGUAACAGAAACAGUAACAUUAGCAGUCAGCAUCAGCAUCAGCAGUUACACAAACCGAAACGAAAGAAACUGCGCAAGUGCCGACCGCAUGAGAACGAAGAGUCGCACAAUUGUCAAAAGCGACCCGGAGCCGGAGCCGGAGCUGGAGCUCUACGGAAGCGUGGCCCCAAAGCGCAGCGUUGUAAGGAGCUGCGGGAUGAGGCGGCCGCAAAGGGUGAACCACCACCGAAUUGUGGUAAGAAGCCAGGUGCAGCCGGCGUGAUUGGAGCUAGGCGUCAUGGUGGUGCAGUGGCAGCCGUGGCAGGUGCAGCCAAAGGUGCACUACCGAAGCCCAGGGGCCAAAUGAAUGGCAACCAGGGCGGUAGGAAGAAGCCACCGAAAGCGGGCAAGCAACGUCCCAAUGCGGGUGGCAAGAAGCAGCGUGGCGGUGGCAACAACAACAAUAAACGCAAUGGUACAAAGCGGCAGCAGCAGCGUUUGCUCGACUCCAUCAGUUCAACGACAACAAGCAGAUCAACAACAACAACAACAACCACCACAAUGGCCAGCAGCUUGGCCACACCGGGUGACAACAUCUGGGAGAGCAGCUCACCAAUGCCAGCAUUGGCGCUGAGCGAGACGAGCGAUCGUGUGGAGCGCAAUGUCCGCAUGCCCAUGACAAGCGACGAGGAGGAGCUCGACGAUGACGAGGAAGAGGCGGAGGCGGAGGCAGAGCACGAGCCAGAUUCACAGGAGGAUGCCAGCAGCUAUGAGGAUGCUACGCUGGAGGGGCAUGCACGCAGCGGUGCCGCCGACGAUUCCCUGUACUACGAUCAACUUGAUUUCAUCAAAUUGUUGAUAAUUCAUCUGCUGAUGCUCUGGAUACAGAGAAGCAUCGCCCUGUGAGCCCAGUAUACAAAUGGACCACCACCGAUCCGCACAAGCAAUAGUUCCUGAUCUUCUAGAAAUAAGUUUUAUAAUUGUACAUAAUUACAAAUUUACAUAUACUAUAGAUUUAGAACUAAUAGCCCUACAUACAUACACUGUUUAUUUAGAUUAAAGAAGUUCGAUUAUUUAAGACUGAAGACUAUGAAAGAAAAUAAAUAUAAAAUGGAAAUAAAUUAU